ACUAUGAUUCUUCGUAUGCGUCACUAAAGCGCCAUCUUCACACAUUUGGCACCUCCCUGCUGGUAAAAUGACAGUUGCAGUAUGACGUUUCGUAUUGUAAUGUAAAUAAAAAAUUGUUUGGAUGAAAUGUAAUUUUAAUUAAAAGGCACACAAAAUAGAGAACAAAAUGUCUCGUCAACUGAAUCAAUCAGAACGGAAGCUUGCCGAAAAAUUGAUCAUUUUAAAUGAUCGUGGAAUUGGAAUGUUAACGAGGAUAUAUAAUAUAAAGAAAGCUUGCGGAGAUGCCAAAUCUAAACCGGGAUUUCUUUCCGAUAAGAAUUUGGAAUCUUCUAUUAAAAGUAUUGUGAGAAGAUUUCCUAAUAUAGACGUUAAAAGCCUUACGCCAAUACAAAAUUUGAAAAACGAAAUAAUCAAAUCUUUAUCUUUAUACUACUACACAUUUGUAGAUUUGUUGGAUUUUAAAGAUCACGUUUGCGAAUUAUUAACCAGCAUGGACGCUUUUCAGGUAGAUUUAGAUAUAUCUGUUAAUUUUGAACUUACAAAACAUUAUUUAGACCUUGUAACAACUUAUGUAUCUCUUAUGGUUUUAUUAUCGAGAGUCGAAGAUCGCAAAGCUGUUUUGGGCUUAUUUAACGCCGCUUAUGAAAUUGUACACGGUUCGCAAGAUCAGAGUUUUCCUCGACUAGGAAACAUGAUCACCGAAUAUGAUGUUCCGUUUAAAAAAUUGUGCGAAGAAUUCGUACCACAUUCUAAACUCCUAGCUCAAGCAGUGCAAUCUUUGAUUCCGAUCUACGCACCUAGAAACGUUUCGGCAGAUAAAUGGCGUUCAGAACAGAAAUUAACCCUAGUAGGCAACCCUUCGAUGUUAUUAAAACCGGUACUUUCAGAAAGAAUGUCUUGCGAGUUUUUAUCCUUGGAUACUAUGGAGAAAUGGAUAAUUUUCGGUUUACUUUUGAUGCAUAAUUUAUUACAGCAAGAUCAUUAUAAUAAAUUGUUUUUAAACGCUCUAGAAUCAUCUUGGGUGAUUCCUUUAUUCCGAGAUGAAGUUAUUUAUAUCCAUCAAUAUGUAUUGGGGUUUUUUGAUACUUUAAAAGGUUAUAGUAAAAGAAUAUCCGAGGUUAAAGACGCUUAUACUCAAGCUGUUCAAAAAGCUGGUUAUAAUCAUAGAGAACGAAGAAAAUUCCUAAGAACUGCCCUUAAGGAAUUAGGUUUGAUUUUUAUGGAUCAACCUGGUUUAUUAGGACCGAAAGCCCUAAUGAUCUUUAUGGGUUUAUGUUACGGUAGAGACGAAGUUUUAUGGUUAUUAAGACAUAAUGAUAACCCACCGACGCAUAAAACAAAAGGGAAAUCUACAGAAGAUUUAGUCGAUAGGCAUUUACCGGAAUUAUUGUUCCACAUGGAAGAUUUGAGGGUAUUAGUGAGAAAGUAUAGUCAAGUUAUGCAGAGGUACUACGUUCAGUAUUUAUCUCAUUGGGAUGCUUUAACAUUGAAAGAUAUUAUGCAGAAAUUACAAAAUUGUCCCGAAGAUGAAGGUAUCAUAUUAUCUUCGUUGUGUAAUACUAUAUCUAGUGUAUCAGUUAAACAAGUUGAAGAAAAUGAAACUUUUAAUUUUUUCGCUUUUCGUUUGGAUUGGUUUAGAUUGCAAGCUUAUACAUCGACGUCCAAAUCACCUUUGAGAUUAAUUGAUAAUAAAAAUCUAGCUCAGUUACUUGAUUCAAUACAAUUUCAUACUAAAAUGGUGGAUAAUUUAGAUGAGAUGUUGAGAGAAACUUCGGAUUUAUCGAUAUUCUGUUUUUAUAAUAGGAUAUUUGAGGAUCAGUUUCACAUGUGUUUGGAAUUUCCAGCCCAAAAUAGAUACAUAGUAGCUUUUCCUUCGAUCUGUAGUCAUUUCCAACAUUGUACACACGAACUGUGUCCCGAAGAACGACACCAUAUUAGAGAACGAAGCCUUUCGGUGGUCAAUAUGUUUUUAGACGAAAUGGCCAAAGAAGCUAAAAAUAUAAUAACCGCUAUAUGCGACGCCCAAUGCAAAAUGAGCGACAAGUUAUUACCGAAGAAUUGCGCUCACUUAAUAUCACAACAGAUCAAUAGAAAAAAGAAAGAAAAAAAUAAAAAGAACACGGCGGAAUUCGAAAAACCCGGUAAGGAAAGUUAUAGGAAAACUAGAGAAAAUUUAACUACGAUGGAUAAAUUGCACAUGGCUUUAACCGAAUUAUGUUACGCCAUCAAUUAUUUUUCAAAUAUAAACGUUUGGGAAUAUACGUUCGCUCCUAGGGAAUAUUUGCAUCAACAUUUAGAGAACAGAUUCGCCAAAGCUUUAGUCGGAAUGGUGAUGUACAAUCCGGACACAAACGAAAUAGCCAAACCGUCCGAAUUACUAGUUUCCGUCAGAUCUUAUAUGAACGUGCUACAAACAGUGGAAAAUUACGUACACAUAGAUAUAACUAGAGUAUUUAAUAAUUGUCUUUUGCAACAAACUCAACCGAUGGAUAGUCACGGUGAGAAAACAAUAGCUUCCAUAUACACCCAAUGGUAUUCGGAAGUGUUAUUGAGAAAAGUCAGCGCUGGCAAUAUAGUUUUUUCGAUGAAUCAACGUUCCUUCGUCAGUUUAACCGUCGAGGGAUCCAUACCGUUCAAUCCCGAAGAAUAUUCGGACGUUAACGAAUUAAGGGCGUUAGCCGAAUUGAUAGGACCGUACGGUAUGAAGCAAUUGAGCGAAACUUUAAUGUGGCACAUAGCUAGUCAAGUGAUCGAACUUAAAAAACUGGCCGAAAUAAAUAAGGACGUUCUUUUAUCGUUACGUACCAAUUUCGAUAAGCCGGAAGUGAUGAAGGAUCAAUUUAAAAAAUUAACGAACGUCGAUAACGUCCUACAAAGGAUGACGAUCGUCGGCGUUAUAUUGAGCUUUAGACAAUUGGCCCAAUCUUGUUUGACGGAUGUUUUGGAAUUGCGUAUACCGUUUUUGGUUAGUUCUAUAUUGGAUUUUCGACAUCACCUACCCAGCGGGGAUCCGAUGAAAAUAGUUAGCGAAAUGACUUCGGCCGCCGGUUUACCUUGUAAAGUCGAUCCGACUCUAAUAGCCGCGUUGAAACUUCAAAAACAAGAAGGCGAAAACGACAACGAGCAUCUGCUCGUUUGUCUUUUAAUGGUAUUCGUAGCUGUUUCGAUACCCAAACUGGCAAAAUCCGAUCAAUCAUUUUAUAGAGCGUCCUUGGAAGGACAUACGAAUAAUAUUCAUUGUAUGGCCUUGGCCGUGAAUCAUAUAUUCGGGGCUUUGUUUACCACUUGCGGUUUGGGCGAUAUCGAAGAUCGAAUGAAAGAAUUUUUGGCUUUGGCUUCUUCUAGUUUAUUGAGAUUAGGUCAGGAAGCCGAUAAAGAAGCUAUAAGGAAUCGAGAAUCCGUUUAUUUAUUGUUGGAUCAAAUAGUACAGGAAUCCCCGUUUCUUACUAUGGAUUUGUUGGAAUCUUGUUUCCCCUAUGCCCUUAUCCGUAAUGCUUAUCACGACGUAUACAAAUUGGAACAGAAUAUGUGAAUUUUUUGUGUAUAUUAUCUUCAAUAAAAAAAAAUACGCGACAGGUCCACGUACAACAUACAUUCCCUAGGUGUCUGAACGUAGUUACAUCCUCGCUUCUAGGAUUUGGGAACCUCGUAAACUCCCAUACCUAGCUACGCCACUGUCUAAUCAUGAAACUCUUUCCAAUAUCUUAUAAUUUUAUUUUUAUUUCCCAUAUUUAGCUACGCCACUGUCUAAUUAUGUAAAUCUUUCCAAUAUCUUAUAAUUUUAUUUUUAUUUCCCACAUUUAGCUACGCCACUGUCUAAUUAUGUAAAUCUUUCCAAUAUCUUAUAAUUUUAUUUUUAUUUCCCAUAUUUAGCUACGCCACUGUCUAAUUAUGUAAAUCUUUCCAAUAUCUUAUAAUUUUAUUUUUAUUUCCCAUAUUUAGCUACGCCACUGUCUAAUUAUGUAAAUCUUUCCAAUAUCUUAUAAUUUUAUUUUUAUUUCCCAUACCAAGAUACGCCACUGUCUAAUUAUGUAAAUCUUUCCAAUAUCUUAUAAUUUUAUUUUUAUUUCCCAUAUUUAGCUACGCCACUGUCUAAUUAUGUAAAUCUUUCCAAUAUCUUAUAAUUUAAUUUUUAUUUCCCAUAUUUAGCUACGCCACUGUCUAAUUAUGUAAAUCUUUCCAAUAUCUUAUAAUUUUAUUUUUAUUUCCCACAUUUAGCUACGCCACUGUCUAAUUAUGUAAAUCUUUCCAAUAUCUUAUAAUUUUAUUUUUAUUUCCCAUAUUUAGCUACGCCACUGUCUAAUCAUGAAACUCUUUCCAAUAUCUUAUAAUUUUAUUUUUAUUUCCCAUAUUUAGCUACGCCACUGUCUAAUUAUGUAAAUCUUUCCAAUAUCUUAUAAUUUUAUUUUUAUUUCCCACAUUUAGCUACGCCACUGUCUAAUUAUGUAAAUCUUUCCAAUAUCUUAUAAUUUUAUUUUUAUUUCCCAUAUUUAGCUACGCCACUGUCUAAUUAUGUAAAUCUUUCCAAUAUCUUAUAAUUUUAUUUUUAUUUCCCAUAUUUAGCUACGCCACUGUCUAAUUAUGUAAAUCUUUCCAAUAUCUUAUAAUUUUAUUUUUAUUUCCCAUACCAAGAUACGCCACUGUCUAAUUAUGUAAAUCUUUCCAAUAUCUUAUAAUUUUAUUUUUAUUUCCCAUAUUUAGCUACGCCACUGUCUAAUUAUGUAAAUCUUUCCAAUAUCUUAUAAUUUAAUUUUUAUUUCCCAUAUUUAGCUACGCCACUGUCUAAUUAUGUAAAUCUUUCCAAUAUCUUAUAAUUUUAUUUUUAUUUCCCACAUUUAGCUACGCCACUGUCUAAUUAUGUAAAUCUUUCCAAUAUCUUAUAAUUUUAUUUUUAUUUCCCAUAUUUAGCUACGCCACUGUCUAAUUAUGUAAAUCUUUCCAAUAUCUUAUAAUUUUAUUUUUAUUUCCCAUACCAAGAUACGCCACUGUCUAAUUAUGUAAAUCUUUCCAAUAUCUUAUAAUUUAAUUUUUAUUUCCCAUAUUUAGCUACGCCACUGUCUAAUUAUGUAAAUCUUUCCAAUAUCUUAUAAUUUUAUUUUUAUUUCCCACAUUUAGCUACGCCACUGUCUAAUUAUGUAAAUCUUUCCAAUAUCUUAUAAUUUUAUUUUUAUUUCCCAUAUUUAGCUACGCCACUGUCUAAUUAUGUAAAUCUUUCCAAUAUCUUAUAAUUUUAUUUUUAUUUCCCAUACCAAGAUACGCCACUGUCUAAUUAUGUAAAUCUUUCCAAUAUCUUAUAAUUUUAUUUUUAUUUCCCAUAUUUAGCUACGCCACUGUCUAAUUAUGUAAAUCUUUCCAAUAUCUUAUAAUUUAAUUUUUAUUUCCCAUAUUUAGCUACGCCACUGUCUAAUUAUGUAAAUCUUUCCAAUAUCUUAUAAUUUAAUUUUUAUUUCCCAUAUUUAGCUACGCCACUGUCUAAUCAUGAAACUCUUUCCAAUAUCUUAUAAUUUUAUUUUUAUUUCCCAUAUUUAGCUACGCCACUGUCUAAUUAUGUAAAUCUUUCCAAUAUCUUAUAAUUUAAUUUUUAUUUCCCAUAUUUAGCUACGCCACUGUCUAAUCAUGAAACUCUUUCCAAUAUCUUAUAAUUUUAUUUUUAUUUCCCAUAUUUAGCUACGCCACUGUCUAAUUAUGUAAAUCUUUCCAAUAUCUUAUAAUUUUAUUUUUAUUUCCCAUAUUUAGCUACGCCACUGUCUAAUUAUGUAAAUCUUUCCAAUAUCUUAUAAUUUUAUUUUUAUUUCCCAUACCAAGAUACGCCACUGUCUAAUUAUGUAAAUCUUUCCAAUAUCUUAUAAUUUUAUUUUUAUUUCCCAUAUUUAGCUACGCCACUGUCUAAUUAUGUAAAUCUUUCCAAUAUCUUAUAAUUUAAUUUUUAUUUCCCAUAUUUAGCUACGCCACUGUCUAAUUAUGUAAAUCUUUCCAAUAUCUUAUAAUUUAAUUUUUAUUUCCCAUAUUUAGCUACGCCACUGUCUAAUUAUGUAAAUCUUUCCAAUAUCUUAUAAUUUAAUUUUUAUUUCCCAUAUUUAGCUACGCCACUGUCUAAUUAUGUAAAUCUUUCCAAUAUCUUAUAAUUUUAUUUUUAUUUCCCACAUUUAGCUACGCCACUGUCUAAUUUCGAAAAACACGAAAUUCUUUCCAAUUUUAUUUUUAUUAGGAGGAUACAUUAAUUUAAAUAAGUUUUUUUUUAUUAUCAAUUUUGUGAGACAAUGAAUCGACCUCAACUAAAAGUUAUUGAUGGAGCAUAUAAUUUUGUUUCUAAUUAUUUUUAGUACAAAUUUGGUAUUACUUGAUGUUUAUAUAACGUUAAUAAAUAAAAUAUCGUUUUUAAUAACAUUACUCUUGAGAAUAUUGAAUAUACAGUGCUUUUCAGAUAAAAGUAUCCACCUUUAAUAACUUUUGUAAUAUUUAUUUAGUAUUUAGAAAAAAUCCAAAAACACGUCAAUUUAUGUUGGAAGGGGCAAGCAUUAUGGCUUAUUUGAACUUACUGGAAAAGCCACCCCCUCACCCCUAGCAGCAUCCCCUUUAUUUUUUUAAAUUACUUUUCAUAUUUUUUUAUAUAAAAUUUGGAUACUCCUCUUUGAGCUGAUUUCAAAAAUGUAUAAUACUUAUAGGUUAAAGUGGUUAGUUUAUGAGAUAAACAAUUUUUCUUUUAAGAGCACAAAUUUUACUUAUUAUUUACUUUCACCUUAUUUGCCUGUACUAAAAUGGGUUGUACAACAGUUCAAACUCUUUAAUCUUUUUAACUGUGCUAUUUAUUAUGAAGUUACAA